GACCAUGACUUCAGCAUGAGGCCAGGCUUUGGAGGCCCUGCCAUCCCCGUUGGAGUAGAUGUGCAAGUUGAGAGCCUGGACAGCAUUUCAGAGGUGGAUAUGGACUUCACCAUGACGCUGUAUCUGAGGCAUUACUGGAAGGACGAGAGGCUGUCCUUCCCGAGCACCAACAACCAGAGCAUGACGUUCGACGGCAGGCUGGUCAAGAAGAUCUGGGUCCCCGACAUGUUCUUCGUGCACUCCAAGCGCUCCUUCAUCCACGACACCACCACUGAUAAUGUCAUGCUGCGUGUCCAGCCCGACGGGAAGGUGCUUUACAGUCUCAGGGUCACGGUCACUGCGAUGUGCAAUAUGGAUUUCAGCCGCUUUCCCCUGGACACGCAAACAUGUUCGCUUGAGUUUGAAAGUUAUGCCUACACGGAAGAUGACCUUAUGCUCUACUGGAAAAAAGGAAAUGAUUCUUUAAAGACAGAUGAGAGGAUCUCACUAUCCCAGUUCCUCAUACAAGAAUUUCACACAACCACAAAACUUGCCUUCUACAGCAGCACAGGGUGGUACAACCGCCUGUACAUCAACUUCACUUUGCGUCGCCACAUCUUCUUCUUCUUGCUCCAAACCUACUUCCCCGCCACCCUGAUGGUCAUGCUGAGCUGGGUGUCCUUCUGGAUUGAUCGCAGAGCGGUACCCGCCAGGGUCCCCCUAGGUAUCACGACGGUCCUGACUAUGUCGACCAUCAUCACGGGCGUGAACGCCUCCAUGCCCCGCGUGUCCUACGUCAAGGCCGUGGACAUCUACCUCUGGGUCAGCUUCGUGUUCGUGUUCCUCUCGGUGCUCGAAUACGCAGCGGUGAACUAUCUGACCACCGUCCAGGAGCGCAAGGAGAGCAAGCUGAGGGACAGGCUUCCCUGCGCGUGUGGUUUACCUCAGCCCCGGCCCAUGAUGGUGAACAGCAGUUACAGCGAUGGAGAGGUGAACGAACUGGGACAUUUUGUUUCUGAAAAUGGCGAUAAACCAGACAGGAUGAUGGUGCAGCUGACCCUGGGCCCGGAAAGGAACGCCAGCCGGAGGAAAAGCCAGAGGAGCUACGUAAGCAUGCGGAUUGACACCCAUGCCAUUGAUAAGUAUUCCCGGAUAAUAUUCCCAGCGGCGUAUAUUUUAUUUAACUUAAUAUACUGGUCCAUUUUUUCAUAA